AUGAGAAUAUUAAAAACUCACGUAUUGCUUAGAUUUGUAAAUUCUUACAUAGUAGAUUCUCCUCAACCUGCUAAUAUAUCAUAUUUAAGGAACUUUGGUUCUUUAUUAGCACUUUGUUUAGGGAUACAAAUAGUAACAGGAGCCUUUUUAGCUAUGCAUUAUCAACCUAAUGUAGAUUUAGCUUUUAAUUCCGUAGAACAUAUUAUGAGAGAUGUAAAUAAUGGAUGGAUAGUUAGAUAUACACAUGCUAAUGUAGCUUCUUUUUUUCUUUAUCUUUGUUAUUCUCAUGUAGCUAGAGGAUUAUAUUACGGUUCAUACAAAUCACCAAGAGUAUUAGUAUGGUCAAUAGGAGUUAUUAUUUUAAUCUUAAUGAUUGCUAUUGCUUUCUUAGGUUAUGUGUUACCUUAUGGACAAAUGUCAUUAUGGGGUGCUACAGUUAUUACAAAUCUUUUAUCUGCUAUACCUGUAUUUGGUCAAGAUAUAGUAGAAUUAAUUUGGGGUGGUUUCAGUGUAAGUAAUGCUACAUUAAAUAGAUUCUUUUCUUUACAUUAUUUAUUACCCUUUUUAUUAGCUGCUUUAGCUAUAGCCCAUAUGAUUGCCCUUCAUACAGAAGGGUCAAAUAAUCCUAAUGGAGUAACAUCAAAUGGAGAUAGAUAUGCAAUGCAUCCUUAUUUUAUCUUUAAAGAUUUAGUAACUUUCUUUGCAUUCUUUUUAGUAUUAUCUAUUAUUGUGUUCUAUUAUCCUAAUUUAUUAGGUCAUAGUGAUAAUUAUAUUCCUGCUGAUCCAAUGGUUACUCCUGCUUCUAUUGUGCCUGAGUGGUAUCUAUUACCAUUCUAUGCUAUUUUAAGAUCAAUACCUAAUAAACUUUUAGGGGUAGUUGCUAUGUUUGGUUCUUUAGUUAUAUUCUUAAUUUUACCUUUAGUGGAUGUUUCUAGAAUAAGAGGAAACCAAUUUAGACCUGCAAUGAAAUUAGCUUUCUGGUUCUUUGUUGUAGACUUUUUCAUCUUAAUGUGGAUUGGUUCUCAACAUCCUAAUUCUCCUUAUGUUGAAAUAGGACAAAUAGCAACUGCAUUCUAUUUCUCUUGGUUUUUAGUAAUUAUCCCAGUAAUAGGAAUUAUAGAAAAUAGUCUAUUCGAUUUAACCUUAUCAGAAGGAGCUAUCUUGACAGAUGAAGCCGAAAACAAUAAAUAA